CCCUCCCCCUGCUGCCUCCCCUUCCCCCUUCAUUUCUCCCGCCCCCCUCUCUGUGGAUCGCGCUCUCCCUCCUUUCGUGAUGGCCUCCUUCUCUGAGCCCUUCGAGGAGACCCUGCGUCGCUUCUCUUCCCGGCCAGAUGUGGCCGGGGUUGUUGUUCUGUCAACCAGCCCGCCCAAGCACUCGGCAGCCACAGACGACUCGACGCCCUCGGCCACCCCGGCCCCGGGCCGCGCCCUUGAUGCCGGCCCCAGCCCGGACUCCCUUCUCGAUACCUCAGACCACAUCACUCGCGAGGGGACGCGCUAUUGGAUCGUGCAUUCCACAUUGCCGGGGGAGCUGCGCCUCCGAUAUGCGACCCUUUUCUUCGAGCUCGUUGGUCUGGCCUCCUCGGCCAUCACGUCGGCCGAUCCCACGGAUGAGCUGGCCUUCAUGCGCGUCAGGACAGCCAAGUGGGAGUUCCUCAUCGCCACAGAAAACGAGUAUGUCCUCAUCGUUCUCCAGAGCCAAUCCACCCCGAAGAAGGGCUGAUGCGCUUCUUCCAGGCAUGCGCGUCUCCUCCCCCCCCCCCUGCGGGAACGGGAUCUCGGAGGCAGUCUCCUCUCUCCUGCCUGCUGCGCGGGGAGGAACAAGCAGGAGGAGACGACGUGAGGCCCCCCGCACGCGGGGGCCGGCCGCCGGACAUUUGUGGGAUCGCCGCCCCCUCUCAAAAAUGCAAUAUACCCCCAAAUCACCC